AUGGCAGAUGCACAAUCCAAAGUCGAUACACUAGAAGAACAGAAUUCCAAACUUAUAGCUGAGAUUGCUGAGCUUAGAAAGGAGAAUGCGAAGCUGAAGCAGAUUAUUGAGGAGAAUGAAAAGUGUGAUGUUAGAGUCGAGGAAUUAGAGCAAAAGAAUAUAGAGCUUGAGACCAGACUCGCUAUAUUAGAACAGGAAAAAA